AGGCAGCAACUGUUCGGAACAUACCAACUAAUCUCACAUGUUACAGCAGAGUUUCAGGAACUUAUGCUUUAGGGGAAACACCAAAGAGUAAAUGCAGCGUAAUCUACAAAGAGAACGACACUAAUCCUAUCACACAACGACGUUGUUAUAGAUGCUUAUUUGAACCUAAUAUUGCCGUUGGGAGUUCGACACAAGCUGUAAUGGCUUUCGAAUACUUGAAAUCACACAAAGCCAUACGUGAUGCAUGUAAGGCUGCUUGUGCAACUGUGCAUGUACCAGAUGAAGAGGGCACAGGAGUACUAGAAAAUGUAUACUGGCAGUGUGGGUAUGCAAUCUAUGUGUCUCUGCCUAUAAACUGGACAGGAACAUGUGCUCUAGUUCAACUGCACGGAGGAGCAAUGGUCAUACAGCACCAACCACAUGAAGUUAUGAAACCAAAGAAAAGGGGACUGCUUAACAUUGUGCAAGACAGCCCAGUGCCAAGAAAUCAUCACAUCUGGAACAUAGCUGAGAAAUUGCUGGCUGCUUUUGUGCCUGGAAUAGGUGUUGCAUCAGUAAUGGAAGAGGUACAGGUAACCAGGUAUGAACUGAUUUCUUUCAUUGACACGACAAAUAUUAUGAUGGAAGGCAUCAAGGAGGAGCUGAGAGGACUAAGACUCACGGUUCUGCAGAAUCGUUUAGUUUUAGACCAACUUACGGCAUCACAAGCUGGAGUUUGUGUGAUAGUGGGAGAAACGUGCCGCACAUACAUUCCAGAUAAUGAUGCAAAAGGCCAUGUCAUUGAAGAAGGGAUACAUCAUUUGACCUUCAUGUCAAAGACUCUGACAGAUCGGGAAACUAAUUCAUUCUCUUUUGGAUGGGGACGGUUUAAAGGAUGCUCAGCAUAUUUCACUAGAGAUUACAGCAGCUCCAGUUCGGAUCCAGACUUCUACAUCAACACUCUUGAAGACAACGUGAGUAACUUGUACAACGGGGCCUGUGACGUGUGA